UCAGGCCAGGCGACCGGCGGCGGCGCACCAUGGUGGUCCACGUCGUGUACAGGCGGCGGGAGAACAGCUGGAGGGGCGCCGACUCGUCCGUCAGGUUCCUCGGCGCCGCCAUGAGCAGCAACCUGCCCAGCAAGCACCAGGUCCGCCUCGCCACCUCCUCCACCGGCCGCUCCGGCGCGCGCACGGGUGGCAUGACCCUGCGCGCCACCUCGCCGCCGCCUCCGACCAUCUCCAUCGCCUCCGCCGCCGGCUGGGACUCCCGCAAGCUGCGGCUUGAGGGCGGCGAUGAGGAGCUCAAGGAGGUCGUCGUCGUGGGCGAUAAGGCUGGGGAUGCCAGCGAGAGGGCGGCGGACACGUACGGGGUGGUGUUCGACGCCCCGCCCACUGAUGACGAGGUCCACGCCGCCGUCGCGAGCAUCCAGCAGGUAUUUGAGAAUCCUUCUGCUGCGGAUUCUGAUGCAGUCGAGCUACAGGCGAUCGCACUGCCCAUCGCAGGACUCCCUUCAUCUGGGAUGUUUGUCAAUUAUUUCUCUGCGGAUUCUGAUAUAUCCGAAAAGCAGAUAGUCAACUCUCCAUCCAACAUUGGAUUAGAGGAUUGCAUGGAACCUGCUGCACUUGCCCUUAACUCAACUGCUCUUGUGACAAGAGAUCAUCAAAAUGUACUGGAUGCCUUCCAGCUCUUACAGGAAGAUUCUUCUGUUCAGAAAAUGGUAAUGGCCUUGUCAACUGAUAAGGCUGUGUGGGAUGCUGUCAUGAACAACGAUGUAGUGCAAGAAUUUAAGAAGUCCUUCCAGGAUGCUAAGGAAACCGAUAACAAGGGGUGCUCUACUACUCCUCCUGGAAUGAUGAAGUGGGUCCUGGAGAACACUCAGGCGAAGAUCAAAGAGUUCCUUGAGAAGAUACUUCAGCUUGUGCACACACUCUUUCAAGCUGGGAGCAAAGACUAUGAUUUGUCCGAUGACUUAGUGAGAAUGUCCUUCAUGCUCUCGGUCUUCGUCUUCAUUGUGGUAACCAUAGCUCGCAUAAAGUGAGCACAACAAUUCGUCGACUUCACACUUGGUGGUUAUUUAGUAGUGUACAGGAUCAGUUAAUAGUAGUACUAGUGUUUUCGUGUGGGUUAGCUACGAUUGUGAUCAAGAAUGCUGUUAUUAAAACUUUCCAGGUCUAGAACAUUAAAAGUUGCUACGGUGUUAUGAUUCUUGGUGGAAAUUCUAUAUGCUUACUGUGUGGUUUAUGA